CGCGUCAGUUGCGGCUUCAAUGGCGCGCCUUCAGGCGCGUUCCCGCUUCCCGCUCGCUCUGGAGCCGGCGGAGCGCGUUCCCGCCGGCGCGGCCCCGCUGAGUGGCGGCCGCUGCGGCCGCCCGGGGCCCCGGGGCUGAUGGGCGGCGGGAUGGGUGAGGGCGGCGGGGCGGAGGUGGGCCCGGGCCCCGGGGCCUGGGGCUGGGGUGCGGGCCGCCUGGCGCUGCUGACGGCCGCCGCCGUGCUGCUGCCGGUGCUGCUGACCUGGUGGUGCGGCGGGCGGCGGGCCCGGGAGCGGGCGCGGGCCGGGGGCCCGGGCCGACACCGCUGGCUGGACUCGGACCUGUUCGGCCGGCCCACCUACUGCAGCGAGUGCGGCCAGGCCGCGCUGCGGGGCAGCUACUGCGACGGCUGCGGGGCCUGCGUGCACCCGGCCUGCGAGGCGGCGGCCGAGCGGCGGCUGCGCUGCAAACAGCCGCUGAGCGCGGCCCGCGGCCCGGCCCGGCACCACUGGCUCCGCGGCAACCUGCCGCUCUGCAACCGCUGCGCCGUCUGCGGCCUGCAGUGCGGCUCCCGGCCGCGCCUCUGCGACCAGCGCUGCGUCUGGUGCCAGCAGGUGGCCCACGACGGCUGCCUGGCCCGGGUCCCCCCCGCCUGCCCCCUCGGGCCGCUGCCCCGGGCCGUCGUCCCCCCGCAGUACCUGCACUCGGUGAGCCGCAGGUCCCGGGAGCCCAGCGACCCGGCGCAGUACACCUACAUGUGUGCAGAGAACUGGUGCCCAGUGCUGGUCCUCGGGAACAGUCGUAGUGGGAACAACAUGGCUCAGAGUCUGAUGGGUGAAUUCCGCAGCAUUCUUAACCCUGUUCAGGUGGUUGAUCUUGGAACUGUGACUCCGUACAAGGCUCUGCAGCUCUGCACCCUCCUCCCCAGCCACUCUGCGUGUGUGCUAGUGUGUGGUGGUGAUGGAACUGUGGGCUGGGUCUUGGACGCCAUUGAUGAGAUGAAAUACAAGAGACAGGAGCAGUACAUUCCACGUGUGGCCAUUCUGCCUCUGGGCACUGGGAACGACCUCUCUCGCACGCUUGGCUGGGGCGCUGGUUACGCUGGUGAUGCAACAGCGGAAGGGAUCUUACGCCAGGUUCUGGAGGGAGAGACUGUGAAGCUGGAUCGGUGGAGAGUGUGGCUCACCAAAGGAUUCUACAGUUUCCAUCGACCCAAGGUCUUCUCCAUGAACAAUUAUUUCUCCAUCGGACCCGACGCCCUCAUGGCCUUGAACUUCCACGAGUGCCGGCAGCAAAGUCCCUUCCUGUUCUCCAGCAGGAUUAUUAACAAGGCUGUUUACUUCUUCUACGGGACCAGAGACUGUCUGGUUCAGACGUGCAAGGACCUGGACAAGAAGAUUGAGGUGGAGUUGGAUGGUGAGUGGGUUCCACUCCCCAAGCUGGAGGGAGUCAUUGUCCUGAAUAUCGCUUACUGGGGCGGAGGCUGUCGACUGUGGGACGGGACUGGCAGUGAACCAUGUCCCCCAGCCAGCCACAAUGACGGUCUAUUGGAAGUGGUCGGUGUGUAUGGUUCCUUCCACUGCGCUCAGAUCCACGUCGGAUUGGCCAGCCCCAUACGCCUGGGACAGGCCCACACUGUCAGGCUGACGCUGAAGAGUUCCAUGAUGCCGAUGCAGGUGGAUGGUGAGCCUUGGGUCCAGGGGCCGUGCACGGUGCUCAUCAGUCACAAAACGCAGGCACUGAUGGUUCAAGCCCCGGCCUCAGCACCCGAUGGAUCUCAGGGUGACCCAGAGGCUGAUGGGGGGAGUGAGGAGCCCCAGCAGCGGCGCUGAGGACAGCUGGGCUCAGGACCCAGGGCAGCUGCUUGGUUACUGGGGCCCGGGACAAGAUUGAUGCACUUUACUGGACCCUCUGCCAGGGGAACAGGCUCCCUGCAACAGAGACAAAAAGCUUUUCACUCCAGAGGUUCCUGCACUGGAAUGUCCAACUCAUUCUGGAGUGAGGGGGGAGACUGCUGAUCCCUGUGGCCGAGGAUGGAGAGGAACACGCACUGACCUUGCGUGCUGACCCUACGUGCUGGUAGGCUAUCCCACCACAUCCCCUAAAGCCCUGCCCUUGGAUUUGAUGCAGGCCUGCUGCUCACAGUGCCCUCCCUGGGAAAUGGCCUUUCAUCCAAUCACUGACAGGACAAACCCCCUGCAGUGCGUGAUUGGCAAUGCAAAGUGCAUGGACCCUGGCCAGAAGUUUGGGUAAGAUGGCACUGUGCCAGUGUCUGAGGCAUGCCCUGGCAGUGUGAGGGAGGAGUUUUAUGCAGAGAGAGUCGCUGCCUCAGUGUUGAGGUCUGACAGUUCAGUGAGUGCCCAUAGUUUCCACCCUUUCCCUGCCUCAUCACUGCUCCUGGACCCUGUGAGCUUGGUAAGCUCUGGGCUGGGCUGCUGCUUCCUGUCUCCACUGUUGUUUGAAGUUGCUGAUUUGGGAUGUUUUCGUGUAGCGUUGUGCUUCCUGUGUUGUUCCUCAGCUCCGGUUUGACCCAGUGGUGAGCUGCUGUGCCAGAGGGCUCCGUAUGAGCCAGCACUCCUCUCCACCCAGGCUGGGUCCUGUCAAUGUGAUGUUAUUUACAGCUGUUUGUUCCUGGGGCGUUUGUUCAUCUUUACCUGGCAGGUCUGACCAGCGUGAGCAGAGCAGGAUGGCAGCCCAGAGUGGGAUACAGCCUGACAGUGGCCCAGUGACUGUGGGCUGGCACUGCUGGUACUUUACCCUCAACAACAUCACGCAACCCUGGAGCCACCCAGCAGAGCUUGGGCAGAACCAAAGGUGAUGGUUCAGGCUGAGGAACCUUCAUUGGAAAAGUGAGAAAGCAAAUGUGUUUUAAGUAGCAGAAGAAUGGACAAAAUGGGUACAGAACAAGGCUACAGAAAGUCUGAUUAUUCAAAGACCUGGCAGUGGAGAGGGGCCAAAAGAAACACCAGUGCCCACGGCUGAGGCACGUGGAGGUGGCUGCUGUUCCUCGAGCCUGUGCUUUCAUCACUGGAGUGGUGAGGAGGGUAGGGUGACAGGUGACCAGAGCCCUGGGGCCAUUCCUGUGGACCACAUUUGCUUUCUCCAAUGUAAAGGCCAGUAUGCAUUUUACCCUUACUAUCCCAGGAGUUGCUCUGUAUACCACACUGUCCCUUGUGUUGCUCCGGUUUGACCCAGUGGUGAGCUGCUGUGCCAGAGGGGCUCUGUGUGAGCCAGUACUCACCAGCCAGGCUGGGUCCUGUCAAUGUGAUGUUUACAUGCUGGCCACGUUUCACACCCCAACUCCUGUAACACAGGACCUUAAUGCAGUGUUGUGAUUUGUCUGAAUGGCAAGGUUGGAUGAACUUGCUCUGUGGUCAAACUGUAAUUUAAAUAAUGUGAAAUAAAUUUGGAGAAACUCU